AUGUACUCACCGGAAGAGGAGGCCGCGCUGAAGAGGCGCAACUAUCGCAGCAUCAGGGAGAUGAUCCGACUCUCCUACACGGUGGGCUUCAACCUGAUGGAUCCCUCGCGAUGCGGUCAGGUGCUCAGAAUAUGGACUAUUAUUCUCAGCCUGAGCAGCUUGGCUUCGCUCUACGGCCAUUGGCAAAUGUUUCUGCGAUAUAUUCAGGAUAUUCCCCGAAUUGUGGAGACCGUUAGCACCGCUUUUCAGUUCCUUACUUCAAUAGCAAAGAUGUGGUAUUUUCUUUUUGCUCAUAAACAGAUCUAUGAUCUUUUACGAAGAGCCAGAUAUCAUGAGUUACUUCAAAAGUGCGAAAUCUUUACAAGGAUGUCAGAUCUACCUGUAACAAAGAAGCUUCGCGAGCAAGUGGAGUCCACAAUGGUUCGAUAUUGGGCCAGUACUCGUCGACAACUUCUUAUCUACUUGUGCAGCUGCGUUUGCCUUACCUCUAACUACUUUAUCAAUUCCUUUGCUAGCAACCUAUAUCGAUAUUUCACACUGCCCAAGGGAUCUUACGAUAUUUUGCUACCUCUACCAUCACUUUAUCCCGCCUGGGCAGACAAGGGUUUAAGUUUUCCCUACUACCAUAUACAAAUGUAUCUAGAGACCUGUUCUCUUUACAUCUGCGGAAUGUGUGCUGUUAGUUUUGAUGGGGUUUUCAUUGUCUUAUGCCUUCAUAGCGUGGGUCUAAUGAAGUCCCUCAAUCAAAUGAUAGAACUAUCUACUUCCGAAUUGGUUCCUCGAGAACGCAGGGUUGAGUAUUUGCGAUGCUGUAUCUAUCAGUACCAACGUGUGGCGGACUUUUCAGCUGAGGUCAACGACUGUUACCGGCACAUCACCUCCUCGCAGUUCAUGCUGAGCCUCUUCGGCUGGGGAUUGGCUUUGUUUCAGAUGAGCGUGGGCUUUGGCAGCAACAGCAGCGUUACCAUGAUCCGGAUGACCAUGUACCUGAUUGCAUCUGGUUACCAGAUAGUUGUGUAUUGCUACAACGGCCAGCGAUUUACGACGGCUAGUGAGCAGAUUGGCAAGGCCUUCUACGAGGUGCGAUGGUACGGGGAGUCCCGGGAGUUCCGCCACCUCAUCCGCAUGAUGUUGAUGCGCACGAACCGGGGUUUCAGGCUGGACGUGUCCUGGUUCAUGCAAAUGUCCCUGCCCACGCUGAUGGCGAUGGUCCGGACAAGUGGACAGUACUUCCUGUUGCUGCAGAAUGUCAGCCAGAAAUAG